AUGUCUGGUCGUGGUAAAGGAGGAAAGGGACUUGGAAAAGGAGGCGCAAAGCGUCACCGAAAAGUCUUGCGGGAUAACAUCCAAGGAAUCACCAAGCCGGCAAUUCGUCGAUUGGCACGACGUGGUGGAGUGAAACGUAUUUCCGGACUCAUUUACGAGGAGACUCGAGGUGUUCUGAAAGUCUUCCUUGAAAAUGUGAUCCGCGACGCGGUAACUUAUUGCGAACACUGUCGUUUCACGACUUUAAAGAUUAAAGAAUUUAUUUUUAAUUUCUAAAUUUUUUCCUUUUUCAACGACACCUGCAUUUAAAAACUUAAAAACAAAAUUCCUUUCCUAGACCAUUGGUUGUUUAUUUAAAAUGUUUAUCCCUCCCCUUUUUUAUUCAACUGAAUGUAUCUGCUUUUUUUCAUUAUUCAUUCUUCAUACUUUUGCUUUUAACUUGUACGACUUUACUUUGCUCUGCCUUAUAAAAUAUUCUUUUGCUGCUGAUUUAGCCUUUGCUCUUCUAAAAAUAUUCUACAAUUUUGCUCUGGACUUUACUUAAAUUUUUGCUUUUCAACCUUUUUGCUAAAAACUGAUUUUUUACUGCUUUGGAUUAAAUACAUUUUGUUGGAAAUUUUUAAUUGCUU